ACAGGCAGGGUUCCUGAGAAUGGCGCUUGUCUGAAUCAGUGGUCGGGCUUUCCCGAGGAAAUGUAGCAGGGAAUUUAGUAGAGUGCAGUGUUAAAAUUCAAGCAUUCUUCAGAAAUGCUAGGAGAUUUUCAAUCAAGAUAGCCCUUUUUUCAUUGGGGCCAGGCAAGACCGGAUUCGAAAGGGUGGUGGGGGGGAAGGGGAAACAUCAAGACCUGGUGUGCAUCAUGGCAGGAGACAGCGAUCAGACGGUCCAGAACCGCAAACCCUUUCUAAUUGGGGUCGGAGGGGGCACCGCCAGCGGGAAAUCCUCAGUUUGUACGAAAAUAGUCCAGCUACUUGGUCAAAAUGAGAUCGACCAUCACAAACGACAAGUGGUUAUUGUGAGCCAAGAUAGCUUUUAUAGAGUCUUGACACCCGAACAGAAAGGAAAAGCAAUGAAGGGGCAAUUUAACUUUGAUCACCCAGAUGCCUUUGAUAAUGAAUUAAUAUUUAAUACGCUCAGAGAUAUCGUUGAAGGAAAAAUAGUUGAGAUUCCUGUAUAUGACUUUGUUACCCAUUCCAGAAAAUCUGAGACUGUGACUGUCUAUCCAGCAGAUGUGGUGCUAUUUGAAGGCAUCUUGGCCUUUUACGUACAAGAUAUCCGGGACAUGUUUCAGAUGAAACUCUUUGUGGACACCGACGCAGACACCCGACUAUCACGCAGAGUAUUAAGAGACAUCAGUGAAAGGCAACGAGAUCUAGAGCAAGUUUUAACACAGUAUAUAACAUUUGUGAAGCCAGCUUUUGAAGAAUUCUGCCUCCCUACCAAAAAGUAUGCAGAUGUCAUCAUUCCAAGAGGAGCAGAAAACUUGGUUGCCAUAAAUCUGAUCGUGCAGCACAUCCAAGACCUUCUCAAUGGUGGACUGAGCAAGCGCCAAAAUGGCUGUUUGAAUGGCUACAGUACUUCAUACAAGAGAGAGACGUUGGAUUCCAACAGCAGACCACACUGACCGAAGGCUGAUGAGAGGAAAUCCUGCAGUGAAGUUUAGCAUUGACUUUACCAUUUACUCUCGUUGGGAAAGGGAGAGCUGCCAAGGUCUUUAAAACAUUAUUCAAAGCAAAAUUAACUUUUGGCACCAAAACCAAUUUCUUCUCAAAGUAUUUAAUUUUGCCAAUUAAGUUUUUGUUUUUUUUUGUUUGUUUAUUGUGUAAUUUAAAAAUGGCAUCUUGCCUUUUAUGUUAAAUGUCUGUGCUCCAGCAAUUGUCUCUUAUUAAAAAAAAAUGCAAUCCAAUAAAGGAAUACAUUUGUGUGUGGUUGGAAAUGUACAAAAUGCAACAAAUCCUGUCCUUUUGUAUGUUGUCUUUAAUUUGACAGAAUGUAUUGGGAACAACUUUCAAUGUUACAAAUAAGUUCCAGGAGCAGAAUUAGGCCAUUCGGCCCUUCAAAUCUACUCUGCCAUUCAAUCAUGGUUGAUCUAUCUUUCCCUCUCAAUCCCGUUCUCAUGCCUUCGCUCCAUAACCUCUGACACUCUUACUAAUCAAGAAUCUGUCAAUUUCUGCCUUAAUAUCCAUUGACGUGGCCUCCACAAUCAUCUGUGGCAGUGAUUUCCACAGAUUCGCCACCAUCUGACUUAAGAAAUUCCUUCUCAUCUCCUUUCUAAAGGUACGUCCUUUUAUUCUGACACUAUGGCCUCUGGUGUUCGACUCUCCCACCAGUGGAAACAUCCUCUCCACAUUCACUCUAUCCAGGCCUAUAAUGCUAGGUAUCUGCCUGCUCAGCAAUAUUUAAGAAAUAUUCUGUAUUUCAUUGCACUGAAUGGCUUUAACUUUGAACCUGAUGUGCCAGUGGGAUGAUUUAAAAUAAAUAUAUAAAUUAUAGAUGCUUCUGAUGAGGAAUUUGAGCACCAUAAUCACCUCAUCCCUAAUGCUCCUCACACUUGUAAACCUUGCAUGAAUGCAAAGUGAAAGCAGGGAGAAUAUUGGAAUUCUUCUGGUGAGUUUAGAUGAAACUAGACUCUUUAUAAUUAAAUGAUACACUCUGGGGAAUGCCCUUGAAUUCCAUCACUUUCUCCUUCCUCAACCUGCCAGGCCAUUUAUAUUUUCUCUCAAAUUUAACUUUUAUUGCUUGACAGACACGUGCUAGAUUGUUUUUGGCCAAUUUGCAAAGUGUCGUACAUCUUAUUGGGCUACUCCAGACAAGGGGAGUUGAACUUGAAGAGGAAAUAUAAUUGACCCUAGGUUCUGUCCGACCAAAGCAGUCCUUUCUUGCUUUUUGUAAUGGUGCAGGUAACUGAGGAUAGAAAGAUGGAUUUUGUUUGUUCACACCCACACUCUGGUUUCCAUGUAUCGUAUGUUAGUCUGUGGCCAUAGAGUCAUGAACUAAAGGGAUAACUCGCUAAUAAAAUAUGAAUUUUCUAUGGAGAA